UUAGAGGCAGCAACUGUUUUGUGUGAAAUAUUAGCAUCAGGUUUACAUUUAGUGUCCUCGAAGGGGCAUAAAACCUAUUAUCCUUUACUGUAUACAAGGGAAAAAAAUGCUAAAAUCUGGGUUGCAUUUAGUGGUACGGUAUGAUCUUGAGCUCAUUGUUUCUGGCUUAAAACGAAUGAACUAAAUGCUUUAAAAAAAUCCUCUCGGAAGUCAUUUAAUUUCAGGCUUGUUAAAGUCACAAAUGCAAGCUUUAUUUUCCUUAUAUAAUUAAUCAUGGCUGCGUCCAUCAAACUGUGAACCAUCGUCAUCGUAACCCCAGGCAACACAGCAAAGAUUUUCCAGAACAUGAAGUCUACAGUUCCAAGAAGAAAACCUGGGACUGCAGUUAUUAAAGCUUUCAAAAUCAGACAAAGCGAUAGAUAUGAAGCGUGUCAUGUAUCCCAGAAUGCCAUGCUGUUGAUGGAAGCCCAUGCUCAUCUUACCAAUGGCUUGCAAUCAAAAGAGAGACUUCUGCUACUUUUCACAGAUUCUCUUAUCAUCGCCAAAACGAAGUCUUUAUAUCUAAAACUAAAGGCUUGUGUUAGCCUCUCAGACAUAUGGCUGGCAUCCUGUAUUCAUAUCAUCACAGACAGGAAGGUCACCUACAAGCACUCGUUUGUGAUUGGCUGGCCAACCACUAAUUAUGUUGCCACUUUUAGUUCUUCAGAAACAAAGGAGAGAUGGUUGCAAUCUCUUCAGUGGCACACCUGCAGAGCCAGGCAGAAAGUCUUGCCAAGCGCUAUUCUUCUCUACGUCUUGCUGCUCUGCCACCCGGAUGAUGACAGUCCAGCGACCAUCGCUGUGGCAGUGGAUGUGAGCACCACAGCAGAGAAUGUGGUUCAUUACAUUAAGAAAGAGUGCAAACUGCUGCGUGAAGCCUCGGACUACCAGCUGGGUGUGAACUAUGACAAAGAAGAAGAAACAUACACCCUUAUAGGCCAUGAGCUUCCAUUCUUCAUCCUCCAUCAUUCAUUGCAGAGUCAGCAAGAGCACCGGCACAUGCCCGCCGAGCACCUUCGGGAAGCGUUUAGUGGUGCCCAGCAGACAGAGGCCACGAUCAAGACGCCUCACUUCACCCUAAAAACUAGAACACACACUCCAGGUCUUUUUAAACACAAAAGAAAGAGGUCUCUGAUUGAUUGGGCCCUGAGGAGAGGACACCUUAACCAAUCAGAUGACAAUGUCAAGUCACACAACGCCCCACAAAAGCUAUUCGGCCAAUCUCUUUCCUCUAUCUGUCCUGAUGGAAACCUGCCCAAGCCAAUAAUGGACCUGCUGUAUCUUCUGUUCUGUGAGGGUCCGGAGACCUGUGGAAUCUUCCGCCGCUCUGCGAAUGCCAAAAGCUGUAGGAUUCUAAAGGAGCGAAUGAAUUCUGGGAAAAGCAUUUCACUGCAUGAAGAGUCUGUGUUUGUCUCUGCAUCUCUUAUAACAGAGUUUUUGCGUGAUCUGCCUGGUUGUGUGUUACGUUGUGACUUGUAUGAAGAGUGGAUGGAAGUUCUGCAGAUCGAGGAUCAACAGCAUAAGCUUUAUAAAAUCAGAAGUUUGUUCGCGCAGCUUCCGGAGGAGAAUUUCACCUUGCUGUGUCACUUGUUUGGAGUGCUGCACAGGAUACACAGCCACUCGCAUGUAAAUCUGAUGACGGCAUCAAACUUAGCCCUCUGCAUCGCACCCAACAUGCUCUGGAGGUCAUCCCAGGUCAGCCCCGAGCUGGAUGGAAAGAGCACAUUGCAGGUUGCACAGCUCAUCCAGUUCCUGAUAGAAAACACUCCCGCCGUAUUUGGAGAUGAUCUGGAGAGUCUGUUCACCAGCCGGAUAAUUUCAGAAGCGGGAACACGUGACUCAGCAGAUGGCUCAUAUCUUCAACACUCCUCUUCAGAAGACACAGAUCAAGACUUCAUCGUAUCUUCCCCUCUCUCUCCUGAAGUCCACCCACUUUUCCUCCCUCUGGCCGCACUUUCUUUCAAAGAGAAGAGGAGAACGCGCCCCUUUCAUGUUGAUGCGCCAGCAUCGCAGGGAACGUACAGCUGUAGAACACUGGAUUCAAUUUCAUCACAAUCUAGUGCUUCUGUGAACACGCUGGGGGUUGGUAAACUUAGCCAAACGCGUGAUCGAUGCCUCUCUGAGCCCAUGAUGUAUUUUGCAACGCCCCAAGCGCAAAUGUUGGUGCACACUCCUGUUAUCCGACAAUCCAGCUACGAUGCAGCUGUGAUAAACAACCGAAUCGAGCAGUCUCGGAGCUCCAUGGGGUUAAGCCCAGAACAACAGGUGCAUAAUUCGGCAACGGGCCCAAGGCGACGCCGUUACACUUUCUGGAAGUCGCCACAAAUCCCCACCCGCUUCAAGCAUCCCGCGCAGAAAUUGGCAAGCAUGUCAAGCCUGUCGUCUGCUACCACUUCCUCUCUCAGCUCGUUGGAUAGCACGCUGUCUCUGAGCUCCGCCGAUUUGAUCCCAAGCCCACAAGAUACACAGAGUCGACCUUUUCUGUUUGGCGCCGGUGCGAGAUUGCGGCCUCUCACGCCUGAGAUGUCUAGGAAACGUUGGACGAACGUUUUUACUUACGAUGAGGAGGAGAAGGUGGACAUGUGGGAUCAAGAGUUAGAAAUGGAUAAGAAAGAAAGAAAGUUUGAGGCAUCUCCUCAUGCAGAGAGAGUCGAGAGCAAGGAUUCGAUGAAGUUUAUUAUAACGGAGGUUAAAGCUGUACAACGACAAUGUGCGUCAGAUUGUCAGUGUCUUGCUGAGUAUGUAGGGCAACAUGACGUGGAUUCUCAAGCAGUCUCGCGGGAGCCCUGCUGCAUACGGACACUCCCAAUGGCAAAGCAGAUCGACAAUGAGAUGCAGGAAUCCGAGUUAAAACAAACACCUUUGGGCGCACCGAAAAUCAUUACCAAAAAAGACAACUCUGACAGUCAUUUGAGGUGUUUAAAUGCACGCUCUGUAAUACAUGCCUCUGGUGGGCAAAAAGUGAGCAGAAUGAAAAUCACUUUCUUUCCUUCUGCUGGAAAAGUGAUGCUCAAACAUUCGAAGGUCAGAGAUCAGACUUCAAAAAGUGUCACUAUGAAAACUGAGCAUAAUGAGAGGCUUGGGUUCACCGAACAAAAGAAGGCCAAAGGGGGGGAAUCGCUUGAGGUGACCAUUCCCCAAACACUGUUUUAUGGUCAUGACGGUCCUUUAGGGCUUUGUUCUGAAACGUCACAACAAAUGUCAAUAGAGGUGAAUGCCCGCAAUUCUUCUUUUGAAGAUGUGGGCGAGAAGGAUACUGGAGCCAAUGUUAGCAUGAUCAGCGGCAAUAGUAGUCUUGGCAAUGGAGUAUGCGGUUACCCAGACAAGAAUACUGUCCAGAAUGUCGAAUCUGUUACUCGUGACAAAGUUAUUAGUAGCGCGAAUGCCACUGAUGCCCUGCACAACCCUGGUAGCAUUAUUGAAAAUGCCCAACCCGCUGUUAGCAUUAGCAGUGGUUCUGGCAUUAGUCACAGUAUUGGCAUCUUUCAUGGAAAUGCUAAUCAGGGCACCUUGUCUCCGAAACCCGCUACCAAAUUUGCAGGAACUUUCCGCCACACAAUAUGCAUCAAGCUUCCCGUUAAUGUUCGCAACAGAGGGCCUGUGCAAAACAAACUAUAAUCAAUUGUUCUUAGAUGUAUGAUUCAUCUACUUUUGAAGAGAGUCAUUAUAGGUGUGAUGUAAAUGGGUCUUGAGAGAGUGGUACAGCUGUGAGAAAGAAAAGUGUGGAGUGAAAUGGGGUGGGGGGUUGGCGAGCUCCCUGCUGGCAAUGAUACAAUGCUGUUAACUGUAUGGGCAAAAAAAAUAGUGUAGCCAUAUACACAGAAAGAUUAAGAAUCAAUAAUCAAGAAUAUAAUCAGGAAGCAAGAAAGAGUGAUGAGAAUCUAAACCUGAGCUGAUCUCAUUUUUCUCACUGAGGUAUGGUUUUCUGAGCACUUCAAGGUAAAUCUUUGUUAUACAACAAAACUAGCCUACAUGUUAAGUUUGCAGCGUUAUAUCAAACAUUUUUUCUAUCAUUAUUGAUAAAGGUGUCUCAUCGAUAUCGUUUUAUUGCCCAGCACUAAUUUUGCCUAAAUUAUUUAAUCUAAUUUUAUUUUAUUAUUCUACCAGCCUAUAGCAUUGUGUACAAACCAUUCUGUUGUCUAACGUUAGCCAAUUGUAAUGGGCCAUAUUAUGACAUAAUAAUCUGUGGGCUUUUUCUCUUUAGUUCUCUGGUGUAUCAAAAUGAAACUGUGAUGUGUAACUAUUUUUCAUUGUAAAUGAACUGACAAAUUGUUUUGAAUAUCUCCUAUUUUUUGACGGGUGGAAAAGCUUGUUCUAUAGAUUUUAUUUUCCUUGACACUAAGCUUUUGUCAUUGACCACUUUUAUAUUCUGUUUUGUGGUGUGACAAAAGAAAGGUGUCAGUUUUAAUCUCUUUUGGUGUUCCUUUGCCUGAGUUCAUCAUGAGUUAAUUUAGUCUAUCACCUGUUUCUGUUCUCCCUGAUUAUGCUUGUUUUUUCCGUCUGUGGAUUAAUUAAAAGAUACC